AUGGGAAGGGUUAGAAAUAAAGAAGAAGAGGCCAAGGCGCUGCAGGAAGCAGCGCAAAAGUAUUACGACCUUUAUCGCUACGACGUCUUCAGCUUUCGUUAUCUGCCAAUACUUGCUUAUUUUCUUUCUGUUGCAAACUGUAUUAUCACUGUUGUUAUUUGCCUCUAUCCCGGCUGGCGAAGGGACGAUCAAGCCGGUGCUAAUGUCAAUGUCAAGGGUAUCUUUCUUCUUGACGGGGUUUGGUUCCGCUGUACAAUGAACAGUAUCAUUCGUAUUCAGUGCGAUUUCUACGCUAAGUCUAUCCUGGGGCUCCCUGCUUGGGUUCAAGUGAUGCGUACGUUUUCUGUUGCGUCAAUUGUCACUUCUGCUCUUGCCGCGUUUCUCGGGCUGAUACAAGGAGAUUGCUCUAACUGGGCGGACAUGAGUCCGAGAGGAAAAGCUAGAGUCGGUAUUCUUUGUGGAUGCUUAAAUUUUGCCACGGGAACGAUGCUUGGAAUAUGCGUGUCAUUGUAUGCAUCGAAUAUUUUAUACGAAUAUGAACAUCCUCAUAAAGAUCAGCGAUUCAGUUAUGAAUUCGGGCCGUGUAUUUAUAUGGGCUGGGGAAUGAUGUUUUCAACAUACAUUACUGGAGCAAUCUAUUUCUACACCGAUUGGAGGAGAGCUUUCCGGACGGGCUGUUGUAGUGACGAUGCGCACGAUUUUAAAGAACGGCAAGUUGAGUCGCCGAUGGAACCAAGGCCUCCACAGCAAUACGCGCCGAUUCCCGUUGCAGAGUCGACAGCAGAGUCCACUUCAGACUACUCAUCGGCGAGUCCGUCCGUGGCCGGCAGCGCACCGUGGUUGUAG